AUGCCAGCGGGGGGGCUCACCGGAGCCGCCCCGACGGGGGCGACUUUGACGAUGAUGAACCAGAUGCCAAGCGGGGGUAAGCAAUAUGGCCGCAAGAUUACUUUUUGCGGAAAGACUGGGAGGCGCGUCUUACGGCGGCUUCCUUGCUGUGUUCGCAGGAGGAGCGGGGAGGGAGAGGCGGCUUCCGGCGCCGGGAACAGAGCGGUGAGGGAACCCAGAGUGGUAGUUCAGACGACCAGCGAUGUCGACAUCCUCGACGACGGCUACCGCUGGAGGAAGUAUGGCCAGAAGGUGGUCAAGGGGAACCCCAACCCCAGGUCAGAUUCUUCUUCUUCUCAAUCUUCUUCUUCUUCUUCUUCUUCUUCUUCUUCUUCUUCUGCUUCUUCUUCUUCUUCUUCUUCUUCUCAAUCUUCUUCUUCUUGCUCAACCUGGUCUUUGUUUCGGGCGAUCAGGAGCUACUAUAAGUGCACCAGCGUGGGAUGCCCGGUAAGGAAGCAUGUGGAGAGGGCGUCGAACGAUCCGAGGGCGGUCAUCACGACGUACGAGGGGAAACACAACCACGACCUCCCGGCAGGCCGUGGCGGCGGUGCGGCGGCGAACAGGCCGCCGGCCGACGUCGGCGGCGGCGGCGUGACAGUGCCCCUGAGGCCCUCCGCCACUGCCGGACCGGCGGUUCAAAUGACGGUCAGCGCUCCCUUCGGCGGCGAGAAGCCGUUCACUCUGAAGAUGCUGCGACCGCCGGGGAACUACGCGAGCCACCCGCAGGACCGGCAGGGAGUCGCGUAG